AUGAUGCUCGUCAAGUCUGCCAUCGCCGUCCUGGCCCUCGCCAGCGCCGUCGCUGCUGCUCCCCGCGGCGGUAACCGCAACAGCCAGGGUGGUCGUAUCCGCCAGAAGGGUGUCCACUACAAGGAUGGCAUCUUCCCUGCCCCCAACGUCGAGGAGCUCGCUGCUGCCUCCUCCAGCGGCCUGACCUACUACGGCGGCCCGGUCAUUGCCAACAUCAACGUCAACCCCAUCUACUACGGCGGCAAUGUCAACUACCAGAGCCAGAUGGACACCUUCUACAGCGCCAUCGUCGGCUCGUCGUACAUCAGCUGGCUGUCUGAGUACAACACCCCUACCCAGAGCAUCGGUACUGGCUCCUUCGGCACCUCCAUCUCCAAGAGCUCCGGCCUCAGCUCCUCCACCACCGACGAUGCCAUCCAGACCUGGCUCCGUAGCCUCGUCCAGAGCGGCACCCUCAAGCCCACCGCCAACACCUACUACCCCAUCCACUUUGCUCCCGGAUACUCCAUCUCCAUGGGUGGCGACUCGUCCUGUGUCCAGUUCUGCGCCUACCACGGCACCAUCGAUGUCUCCGACAUCAGCUCGACCAAGUACCUCUACUACGGUGUCAUGCCCGACCAGGGUGGCUCUUGCGCUGGUGGCUGCGGUAGCAACCCCUCGACUCUCAACAACCUCCAGUCCGUCUCGUCCCACGAGCUCGUCGAGGCUCUGACCGAUGCUGCUGUCGGUGUCGCCACUGGCAGCACCAUUUCUGCUCCCAUUGCCUGGUACAACUCGGCCAACGGCGAGAUCGGCGAUCUCUGCAACGCCCAGCAGGGCAGUGUCAUCGGCACUGAUGGCAACUCCUAUGUCGUCCAGAAGCAGUGGUCCAACUCCCACAACGGCUGCUACGUUCCCUCUGGCUCGCCUCCCCCUCCUCCUCCCACCACCAAGGCCACCACUACUACGACCAAGACCACCACUACUCCCGCCAAGACCACCACCACCACCACUGCUAAGACCACCACUACCCCCGCCAAGACCACCACUACCCCCGCCAAGACCACCACUACCUCGGCUCCCACUCCCUCUGGUCUCCCCCACAGCGGCAGCGCCUGCCCCACCUUUGGCCAGUAUGCUUGUGGUGACCAGAACGACGUCCUUGUCUGUGUCAACAACUGGAUCCAGCUCACCGUCUGCCCCUCGGGCACCAAGUGCUCGCCCGGCUCCUAUGUCUGCAUCUAAGCAGGCGACUCGCUUUUACCCUCCUCCCUUCCCCUCCAUCGCCAAGGCUAAAAGCGGUAGCCUGUCUCUCGUGUAUAUCUAUGACCGCCUCUUGAAAUAACUCCUCCCUUGUGCGUGAUGUGCCUCGUUGAUCGCUCUCCAUGGCACUUGUCUCCUAAUGUAUAGUAAC